UUAGAUAUUUAAAAUUGUAAGUGGUGAAAAAGUUGAGCUGUAAGUUUUGCAAUAAUAAGCCAAGUUAAUGUUUACAUAACAAAAAUUGAAAAUUAACGACAUUGUAAUAGAAAAUAGGAGAAUUAAGUAUUUGCACAGUGCAGUCAACAUCAAGAAGUAAUAAGCAGUAAUUAGUAAUGCAGAGCGGAAUAGAUACCAGGUCUCUUCAAGUUGCUUCAAAUAAUCUCCCGAUAGGAAAAGUGACAUCAUCUGCUCAUUGCGUAUGUGACAUUUCAAUGCCCAUUUGAAAGCAUGCAUGUGUGUUUGUUCUUGAAAGCGGUUUAAUAAGCUCACCGAACUUCCUCGUUCUGCUGCUAGAUGUGGUUCUUUCAAAAACGACAUUGGAAUGGAUCCUAUUAGCCAGAUUAUUGUAAAUGAAAGUCGCUGAGUUGAUGAAGCUGAUUGCACGUACUGGAAGGCAAUUCUGGACCAAGUGAGAAUACAUGUUCACUCUACUUUCGAGGAAGUCAACACCAAAUACACUUCUCAAAGCUCGAUUUUGAAUUUUUUGGACGGGAUUUAACACUUUUUGACAAGCUGUACCAUAAAUCAUUGACAUAUAAUUUAGAUGAGAUUCGAAUAGUGUAUGGUAGAUGAGUUUCUUGGUUGAUUGUGUCAAUUUGUACUUGAGUUUCCAUAAAAUCCCUGAUAUUGAGGCUAGUUUUGAUUCCAAAGCCUGACAGUGUUUAUCCCACUUAAGAUGUUGAUCCAUAAAUAGUCCAAGAUAUUUAACACAAUCAACUCUCUUAAUACUUUUUCCAUCUAUGUCAAUCAUAUCGCUGUCUUGAAACUUCAUGAAUGGUGAAUGAAAGAUUAUGAAUUGUGUCUUAUCGAAGUUGAGAAAUAGACGUUGAUUCUCAAAGAAAUUUAAAAGUUUCCUUAGGUCUGGGAUGAUUUUGUCUUCUACCUUGUCAUUUUUUUCGUG